CAUUGCUGAUCCCAGCAAGCAUGGCGAUGGGGGGGUUCCUGAGUAAAGGAGCCAGAUCACAGCUCUGAGAGCAUCAUCGUUACCACUCAGCCACCCCCGAGGUAGCCAUGUGACUAAUCAGAACCAAACAAACAGUGAUGACAAGUCUGGAUUCCAGGAAUAGAGCCUGCGGCAAAUUUUGUGCUGCAAUCCAGUUGGGCAGCAUCACCACACAUCCCCUGAAGGAAAGUAAAAACUCCUGGGACCUGCCCAGUACAUCAUGUCAGCUGUCAAUGACACCAUAUUGAACUCUGCAGUGUUCCUUCUCACCGGGGUACCUGGGCAGGAAGACGUCCAUCUCUGGAUCUCUGUCCCCUUCUGCUUAGUGUAUGUUAUUUCAAUAGUAGGAAAUUCAGUCAUUCUGUUCAUUAUAAAAACAGAUCCAAGCCUCCAUGAGCCCAUGUACAUUUUCCUUUCCAUGUUGGCCAUCACAGACCUUGGCAUGUCAAUAACCACCAUGCCGACGAUACUGGGCAUAUACUUGUUUAACUCUAGGGAGAUCAGCCUUGAUGCCUGUUUUGCCCAGCUGUUCUUCAUCCACUCACUGUCAUUCAUUGAAUCCUCCAUUCUCUUGUUGAUGGCCUUUGACCGCUUCGUCGCAAUCUCUAACCCACUGAGAUAUGCCUCCAUCCUAACUCUUCCGAGAAUAGCCAAGAUGGGACUGGUGUUUGUGUUAAGAGGGUUUGUCCUAACGUUCCCACUCCCCUUUCUCUUGAAGCGGUUCCAAUACUGUCACGCCAAUGUCCUCUCCCACUCUUACUGCCUGCACCAGGAGGUCAUGAAGCUGGCUUGCUCAGAUAUCACAGUCAACAGCAUCUAUGGUUUGUUUAUUACACUCUUAAUGGUGGGGUUGGAUUCGCUGCUCAUCUUCCUCUCUUAUGUGAUGAUUCUCAAAACAGUGCUGAAUGUUGCAUCCCCCACGGAGUGCCUGAGGGCCCUGAACACCUGCGUCUCCCACCUCUGUGCUGUUGUCCUCUUUUACACACCAGAGAUUGGCUUGUCUGUGUUACACAGAUUCGGGAAGGGCUCUCCUCCAUUGCUUCAGAUUCUCCUGGGCUAUGUCUACCUGCUGGUCCCGCCUCUGAUGAAUCCAAUUGUGUACAGCGUGAAAAGCAAACACCUUCGUGUGAGGAUAAUCAGGGUGUUUGUCAAGUGA